ACUGAUAUAAUUAUUAGAUAUUGUUGUAACAAAGAAAUUAACCUCUCUUUUCUCUUCUGAACUUAUUAUAUUUAGAAUAAAAUGAAUUGCACAAUAUGCUUUGAAUCUACGGGGAAAAGAAAGCAUGUAGCCAGAUGAGAAUUUACACGACACUUGGCUGCACAUCGACGUGAAGAGUUUAAGAGAAAGCUGAGGCAGAUACCAGAAAUCCCAGAGAAUAAUACUGUGGAGGGCAUAUCUUCAAGUGCAGUUAUAGCUUCCAGAACUAUCAAGAAUCCAGCUUUUCAACAAGGACCGUUGGCAGACAUGGUUAUUGACGAUGAUAUUGAGAUGGAAUAUUUUCAAGAAGAAGCGGGCAGGGAUGGUGGCCAAGAAGAAGAAAUGAUUCUGAUAGAAGAAGAGGAAGAGGAAGAAAAAGAAGGCUUUUUCAAAGCAGAGGACAAUGAGGAAGAGAUAGCUGAGGCACUUGUUGAUGAUAUCGAAUAUCCUACCAACGUUGAAUUUGAAGAGGACAGAUAUAUCGAUGAUGAUGAAACCACAGCUACUGUUGAGGCUGAAGAGUCUUUUGCUGAAGCUGAAAGCUGGGCUAAGCAAGAUUUGUUACGAAUUGGUACAUCAGAAAUGACUGGUGAACCUAUUCAUUUAGACAUUGAAGAUUCUGAUAGGGUUGCAGAACAUACUGAGAGUGAGAAACAAAGCAAAGAGCUAUAUGUUUUGAUGCAAAACCACCAAGUGAAAAAGUCAGCCAAAGACGCAAUCAUUAAAUGGAUCAACAAAAACUAUCAUCCUAAUCAGUCAAAAGAUGAAUCACUAAAGUUUGUUUGGCUUUCUGAAAAGCUUCUUAGUGAAUCAACCGCUUUGAAUGAAAGGCGCUAUGACAUGUGCACGAACGGAUACAUGACGUUCUUAAGAGAUGAAGAGCUACGAUGUUUUUUUUUUUUUUUUUGUCUUGGGGCAAGAUAUGAACAAUCUGAAGAUGGAUCUAGCAAGCCUCGAAACACGCUCUCCCAACUAAGUAUAGCCGAUUUCGUUUCAUCGUACUUUGUGAAUGCUAAUAGUAGGGAUAAAAUUUUAUACCGAGCAAGAAAAGAUGCAACCGCUGAAACAGAAAAGUUUAAAGAUUACUACGACGGCUCAGCAUACAAGUAUGCGAAAACAAAAAACAUGUUUUCAAAUGAGUAUGAUAUUGCUUUAUCUCUAUAUGUUGAUGGUUUUCAUGGGGGCCAGAGAGAAAAAGAAAGUAUGACAAUCGUCAAAGCAGUGAAUAUGAAUUUAGCGCCAACUGAAAGAAUGAAGAAGGACAAUCAAUUCGUUGUAUGCGUUAUAAAAGGCCCUAAAAAGCCCAAAGACCUUUACAGCUUUUUGCAUCCUCUGAUCAAAGACCUGUUAAAUAUGCAGAAUCGAGGAGUAAAGCUUCAAGCCGACGGUUUAACUUUUGCGUUUAAGGUUUAUACUUUUUUAUUUUUAGGAGAUAUUAUGGCCUGUGCAGAUGUUUUAUUUCAUGCUGGACAUAUGUCUACAUAUGGUUGCCGAGUUUGUACAGUAAAAUGCGCUUCAUAUGAUUCACGAAAUGUUUAUUUCGCUCCAGAUGGGGUGGACCGGCCUGAAGUUCGUAGCAAAGAGAGCUUUCAGCAAGUAAACAUCCAGUUGCCAGCUAACAGUGAAACCAACAAAGGAAUAAAAAAAAAGGUUACACCAUUGAUUUGUUUCAAAAUGUUUAGUGCCUCCUUUUGUGGACUUGAUAAAUUGCAUUUGACAGGCCACAACUUACCGAAACAGUUUUGGGGUUUUAUGCAAAAUCCAAACAAGAAAUACGGUGUAGCUAAUCCAUUUGAAGUAUCACCAGCUAUAAUCAAGGAACUUGGUGAAAGGCUCGCUGAAGUACAAAGCCAUGUUUCGUUAAAUUCUUUUGAAGAUAUAUUCAUGAAUCUUUCUUUAAGAGGAGGGCAUGCUGGUGCGGUUGACUGGCAAAUAUUACUAGUUUAUCUUCUUCCAAAUCUUGUUUGCGAGGGUAUUCUGAAGAUGGCAAAUAGUUCAUCUAGCAGAAACACAAGAGUUAUGGCCUCUACAGUAGAUGAUAGGCUUAUUGAAAAGAAGUUAAAAGACACAGUUGUAGCAGUCUGCUGUUUGUCAAGUGCUUGUACAUUGGCAUUACAAUAUGAGAUAACUGUAGAAGAUCUAAAAGAAAUUCAACAUAAGAUCCAAGUAUGGACUUCUUUUAUUAAAGAAAACAUGCCUCCUAAUGUCCAUACAGUAACGCAGCACUACCUACAACAUAUUGUUUAUAUAAUCAAACAACUUGGACCUAUGAGGAUGUUCAGCUGUAGACCUUUAGAGCGAAUGAUAGGCAUGAUUAAGCAACAGAUUGGUUCAAAAUCUAAACUAGCCAAAAAUGCGUUUAACAUUGCCAAAAAGUUUGCAGAACAAGGCUUUAUUUCACGCAAAGAUAACACUACAGAUAAUGCAGUAAACACGAAAAAGGUUGUAUCCAAGAAAGGUAGAACAUCUGGGUUUGUUCAAUUAAAUGAAUUUUUGUAUUUGGGAGCUGAAUUCAUUCAAAAAUGUACCACAUUCCACCAAAACAAUGACAACUUGCAAGUAAGAAAAAUUUAUUCAGUAGAUCUGUACUUUGAAGGAAAUUCAUCAGUAAAACUGAAUACAAAAUCUGGAAAGCACAAUGUGUGUAUUGCAAAACUGCACUUAUCAGAUUUUAAUGGUACAGAGGAUAAUUUCUAUGUUGUAUCUAUUGAAGUAAUGUAUGAAGUAGAAGGAGAAUCAUCGUUGUUUGCAUGGGCUAGAAUCUGUGACAAUAUACAAGUUGAAGGAUAUGAAGAUAGGGUACCUGUUUUUUUUGUUUACGAUUCCGAUACUCCUUUACAAAGAACUGGAAGGGAGCAAAUUUAUGUAAUUUUGGAUAUGGAAUCAAUCCAAAGCCCUGUUAGCACAAUCAAGUCUAUUAUAAAUGAUAGAAAACAUUAUUUGAUAUGGCCAAAAAUGUGCUUAAGCUCAAAGGUCAUUUUGAAGAAUCCUCCUUUUACAUUUUCAUUAACAUAGUUAGCGUUAACUUCUUAACUUUUGUAGGAACCAUUAAAAAAAUAUCACACAAUCUAAAUAACUUUAAAUAACCUUUUUUUACACUUUUAAUAUUUUCAACACUUUAAAGCUUUU